AACUGUUGCUACGAUAGGUGCCAUCUUGGAAAGUCAAAUUUUACCACAGUUAAAGAUCAGAGAAAGAAGUGCAAGCGUUUAGGAUGGAAGAGCGUGAGGAAAUGGCUGAGGAUGGCCAAGACAAUCCUGAUUAUACACCAGCUAUAUCUGCCAUCCCUCCCAGAGUUAUUGCACAUGAGGAGAGUCAGAUGGAGGUCUCAGCCAGUCCUGCAUUCCAAUGCUUAGAUGACUUAUUCCAAGAAGGAAGCAUCACAGGUACCAGAGUGUCACAACUGAAAUCAAAAUACACAGAGCUACAUGACAUGCUCAAACAGAAAAGAGAACAUGAGACUCAGUUACUUAAUGAAGCUAAAGAGGCAUCUGUUAACAUGGAGACUCAACGUAAUGAGUUGGAGAAAGCUGAUGGUUUCCCUGAAAGCUCCAACUCUGAUGUCUCCAAACUUCGCCAGCAGUUACUUAAGCACCACAAUGAGAUGGCCCAGACUGAGGAAAGGCAGUAUCAGUUAGAGUAUAAGCUAGAACACCUGCGUGAAGAGAAAAGACUGGUGGAGAGAGAAUAUUCCAGACUUCCAAAGCAAGGGGAAAUUGAGAAGAAGAUAGAAGAGCUGCAACAGACAUGUGCAGACAUGAGGAAAGAGAUUGGUCAGCGCCAACUUGAGGCUAAGAACCUACGUGAAGACCUGGAAAUGAGGAAGAGGCAAUACACCAAUGAUAACAAAGAAUAUGAGAAAAUCACCUUUGAACUUGAGAAGCUCAAGGGUGACCUUGUUUUAGUGAAUCAGAUCCCAAACCAGAUUGCCAAAGAUACAGACAAGCUUGCCAGACAGAAAAAUGAAACAGACAAAAAUCGUAAAAAGCUAGAUGAGGAGCAUAAAGACCUUCACACAGCAAUCCAGAGCAUUGAGAGCAAGCGUCAGGAGUUGCAAGAGGAGAAGUUUGAACUUGACACUGAAGUGGACAAGCAAAGGUCCAUACUGGAGGAAAAGGAACGGGAGUUUGAUGUUUUAAUGAAAGACUUUGAGUAUGCCAAAGAGCAGGAAGCUGUAUUGAUGGGAGACAGGGCAACACUAGAUCUUAAUUUAAGACACAUUCAUCUCGAGAAAAAAACAAAUCAUGACAUUCACUCAAGAAAAUUAAGAGAGAAAGAUCGUGAUUUAAGGACAUUGAAAAAAACUGAGCUUCAACUUAAGGUUUCACUGGAUGCCCUAGCUCAUCAACAACAAAUAUAUGAUAAGGCAAAAGGUCAGGUGGAUGCACUUCCCAAAGAUGAUGGCACAUUACAACAUAAACGUGCUGAGUUACAGAGAGAGGUUGAUACAACUAAAAGAGGACUUCAGCAACAGAACUCUUUGACUGCAGUAGAACAGGUGAAGGUAGAACAAAGUGUAGCAGAGGAAGAGCGCCUCUUGUAUGACCAAAGUGAUCUCAGAAUUGAAGUUGUGGAACUUACAAGGCUAGCUGCUAUAAAGGCUGAUGAGAGGGAGCAGAAGGCAAGGGACUUCAUGCGUGCAGAGAUGAGAUACCAUAGGGCGGUGGAAGACCUCAAAACAAAACAAUUGCAGAUACAGGACCACCAAAAAAAAUUUCAAGAAAUGCAAACAAAAUUGAAGGAGUUUGCUAAGAUGUAUGAUGUGAUCAAGAAUGAGAGAAACAAAUGUGUCAAUCUUAUACAGACCAGUACACAGAAGGCUGCAGAAAUGAGAGAGAAAAUAAAAAUAUUACAUAAUGAAAUAGAAAUUUUAAGAACUGCAGCUUCAACUAAAGAAAAGCAACUGCAGAAACAGCGACUUAAGCAUGUAAACAGUUUGGUAGUGAAAGACAGUGUUCGUAAUGAAGUGGGUAAACAGAGACAGAUAAUUGGUGAAAUGAAAGAGAAGCAGGAACAGCAGAACAUGGACAUAAAGAAGCUGAACAUGAUGAUCAAUCAGGCAGAGGAACACAUGGUCUCACUAAGGAAGAGAUAUGAGACUGCUGUACAGAACAGGAAUGACAGGGGUAUUGAGCUUAUAGAGAGGAAUGAAGAGGUCUGCAUAUUCUAUGAGAAAGUCAACAUUCAAGACCAAAUGAUUCGCAAUGGCGAUGUUGAGAUGCAGGCUCGUGAAGAAGCCAUCCGCUUCCUAAAAAUGCAAAUGGCUGAAGAAAAACGUGAAAUUGAUUUAUUAAAGAAAAAUAUGCCAAAUAAACUGAGCUUGGAUUCUGAGUUGGUAACUCUCCAAAUCCAGCUGUCCCAAUGUCAGGACAGAAUGCUCUUGUUGGAGAAGCAGUUGGAGAAUCCAGCUGAUGAAAAGAGAUGUCGCUAUGUCGAGGGGAAUGAUGCAUCCCCUGCAGAACUGCAAACUAAAAUAGAGCAGCUUGAGACAAGACUAUCCGAGAAGGAAGAGAAUCUCCUAGAGAAAGAUCUGAUAUUCUCACAAGUGACCCGACUCUCUGAGAGGGUGAAGAACAAGGCCUCAAGUGGCAAGGAAGACACUCUUACAUUAGCUAAGAAGGUGAAUGAUCUACAAGCCAAAAUUAAAGAGGUUACCAGAAAGAUGAUGGCUAUGGUAUCUGAACUCUCAAUGAACCAAGCACAAGCAAUGAAGUUGCAACAACAAGUCAAGGAAGCCGAGGGAGAAGUUGAGCAAUGCUAUAUGCGUAUGGAGAAGGGAGAGGCCCCUAGUGAAGAAAUUGAACGAAGCUGGCUGAAGAUGUUACGUGAUGAAGAACGAAGGAUGAGAGACAAAAAUGAGGCCCAAAUGGCUGUUGAUGAGGCAGAGCAAUAUCAAAUAACUGGGGGUAUUUCCACUACGGCUGAGCCUCGUCCCAAUGCUUACAUUCCCGAUGAUGACAGCGAGCUACCAAUCCCUCGACCCUAUGGCUCCCAUGCCCCAUUCAAGCCACAAGAGCAAGGAUCAACAAUGCGCCACAUACGCAAACCUGUACCUAAACCCAUUGAGAUAUAAAUUGGACAUUUUUCCAAUCAUGCAGUACUAUUUAAUACAUGACUCCUCCUACAGUAGUCAGGGAUUACAGUCAUUAUCCCAGAAGUUCAGGGGUUAAGGAGACUAUGGGAUAUGGUGGCCAUUUUUAUACAUGUCAGUUUUUAUUUUUUGUUAUAAUUCAAGAAAUGGAUCAAUUUUGUUGAGUCAAUCUACGUUUUUGCUAUAGAUCCAAAAUUAAUAAAGCUAUAGAAUUAUGAUACAGGGGUCCGUUUUUGGACGCAUGACAUUGUUCGUCAAAAAGUAGACAA